UGCUGAACUAACUCAUGAUAUUUACACUUUGAUGACUUUAAAUGAAAUCAUGAAUGGAAAGGAUGAUUUCCCUGGUUUAAUUCCUCUCAUACACAAAUAUGUUGAUUAUAUCGACUACGAUUUCAGUAAAAGACCUAAAAUAAUGCAAUACUUGAAAUACAUCUCAGACAAAGCUGCAGGAAAGAUAAUGACAAUGGCCCAAUGGACAAGGCAAUUUGUUAGAAAUCAUGAAGAGUACAAGAAUGAUUCUGUUGUCAGUGACAGAAUCACUUAUGAUUUUAUUGUGGAAUGUGAAAGCAUUGUCAACAAUGAAGGACUUCCACAAGCGUUUAUCAAGAGUUAACAAAAUUCCGACAACUUCAUCUGAAAUAUAAUCAGUUACGAGCUACACACAGCUUAACCUACAAAACUGUGUCCCCACCCACAACUUUGUCUCCUGAUAACUUCUAGAACAAUGGAUAUUCUUUUAGCAACAUUUUCUACAAAUACGCUUCAGAUGCUGCAGAUUAUGAUUAUAUCAGAAUUUGAUGUGAAAACAAAAUCUUUCUGAAGGUGAGGAGAGGAGUUUCAGAAAAUUCACACAAGACAUUUUUCCUCAUAACUUUCAGAAAAAUGAGUAUUCUUGAAUGAAAUUUCCUCCAAAUUUCCUUCCACAUAAUGUAGAUUACAAUUAUAUAAGAAUUUAAAAUGAAAAAGAUGGUGGACUUGCACGCAAACAUACUGACACACAUUACACAUCUACAAAAUGAAACUUGAAAUUUCUAACAAAUAUUGUGAUAUAUGUUAGUCUGUAUGUGUACAUGCCCAGCAAUUUUAUUUUUCACAUUAAAUUUUGAUGUAAGCAUAAUCUACACCAUCUGAAAUGUAUUUGUAGAAAUUUUCAUUAAAAACAUCCAUUUUUCUGAAAGUUAUGUAGAAGAAAAGUUGACUCGUGUGAAUUUUCCGAAACUUCUCACCCCUGGAAAAAAUAUUUUUUUACAACAAAAUCCAAUCGAAUAAUAAUCUACACAGCCUGAAGCAUAAUUGUAGAAAAUUUCAUUGACAAAUAUCGAUUUUACUGGAAGCUAUGAGGAAAGAAAGUUGGUGGUGGGCACAGUUUUGUAGGUAUGUCCUACACAUAAUAUAUAACCUACAUAACUAUAAUAUAACUUUUAUCUUACUUGUUUCAGUCCAUUAGAUUGUAGCCUUGAUGGAACAGCAGGUUGAGGAAUUUUAGUCAAACUAAUCAAUGCCAGGACUUAUUUUCUUUUUAAGGCACUUUUUGCCAAACUAUUAAGUUACGGGGACGUAAACACACCAACACUAGUUGCCAGGUGAUGGUGGGGUGGGGUGCAAACACAGACACACAUAUAGUUAAUCCAAAAAAUGGAGAAAAAGGUAAAAAGAAAAAAACAACAACGCAAGGACGUGGUACAUGCAAAGUAUUAACAAGACGCUCAGAGAAGGAAAGAGUGGUUGUUUUACGUUUUGAGUAAACCUUUUCUUGGGAAACAGGGGACAUAGGAAAGUCCAAAAGAAAAAGGAAGAACAAUACAAAAAAGAAACGGCCAACUGUCCACAUGUAGGCUCCUUUCAGUUUCCAUAUACCAAAUUAACUCACA